UCCCCUUCUCACCUCAACCACUGCUCCCCAAGCCAUGGGACGGGUGAAGCUGCAACUCCGACGGCCGCGGACGUCCAGGUCGGGCUCAAGGGCUUGACGAGGAUGCUGGCGCGCGAGGUCCACAAUCUCACCGAGGUCUUCUCCAAGAAGCUCACCGGCAAGCUGCCCUCCCUCGCCGGCCUCGCCUCGCUCCAUGUCAUCCUCGUCAGCAAGAAAAUCUUCACCUCCAUCGCCGAUGGUUUCUUCAAGGGGCCGACCGCGCUCACUGCUGUCAACCUCGACGAAACCCGCUCGAGCCAUGGACGAUACCCGCCGACCUCGUCGACCGCGAGUCCCUCCUCAACUUCUCCAUCAACAGCGUCAACCUCACAUGCGCGCUCCCGGAGUUCAUCGGCAAUGGAUCUUUACUGGUACACGAUGGGUCUCCGGCUGGAGCGGCGCAGCGCCCUAUAUGGCGUGCUGCUGGAGGCGGAGCAAGCGCGACCGUGGCCAAGACAAGGGCGCUGCUGAACGCGCCGGAGAUGGACCUUUUGAGCAGCGCAUGAGGCUGCGGAGACGGGAGCUGCGGCGUGGUGAUGGAGUGGAGCUUCUCAACAACUUGCCGCAGUUCACGCUGCAGCACAGCCCGUGGGGAACGCGGAGGCGCACCAGCAACGCCGUGGGUGCCGUGACCAGAGAUCGCCGAGGCCAGCGCCGUGCACAGGCACGACAUGGCCGUGCAGCCUAGCUUGCUGUUCUUGCGUUGAUGUUGCGUCUGUGCGGAGGAAACAGCAGCUAUGCCAUCGGUGACGCUUUGUCUGUGCGGAGGAAGCAGCGGUGCCGUCUUCUCUCUCUCUCCCUCAAAAAUUCUUCAUAUUUUCCCCAACUUUUCUUGAACGCAAAUGGUGAAUUGAUGUUGUAUGGAGUGGUUUCCUUGUUGCUGGUCUUAUCCGAAAAUGGUGGCUGCUCUCGGUUUGGUUCUUGUUAAUGCAUUAAAAUGGGGAUUUCGGAUCAGUUCUUCA